AUGUUUGAUAUAUCGGAAAUAACUCAGACUUGGUCACCAAGUACCGUACCAACAAGUACCACCUUAUCAUCUAUCGACCCUACCAAUGCUCCUGCACUUGUUCAAUCAUUUUCAUCGGCUUUAGAACGUGCAUUCACUGAGACAGGGUAUUACAACUUGUUACUGUUAUCUCAAGUUGCCAGGGGUGCAGAGGCUUCCAUGACCAUUAUAUCAGCUGAAGAAGUGUUGGCGACUGCAACAGACAGUGCAGUGCAAGCUAGUGCUACCCAAGCUAUUUUUGAAGCAACUGUUAAUUUAAAGGCAUUAGAAUGGGAUCAGAAUUUGUUCAAUAUUGUAUUGAAUCGACCAGCUAAUAUAAUAUACUUGAUUAUAUACUUUAUAAUCUUUAUUUAUGUGGCACUUAUGAUUAUCAAAUCGAGAUAUUGGUGGUAUAACGUUACAUUCUUUUGUGGGUAUGGGUUAGAAUUCAUUGGAUUUUUAGGAAGAGUUUUGGCAUUUAGUGACGAUACCAAUAUGAAGUUUUACUUAAUGCAGAUUAUUUGCUUGACUAUAGCACCUGCGUUUAUUAUGGCCGGGAUAUAUUUCUUAUUUGCACAAUUGGUGGUUAUUCAUGGACGACAAUAUUCGGUGUUAAAGCCUAUGUGGUACUCGUAUUUCUUUAUCGCUACCGAUGUGUUGUCCUUAUUGAUUCAAGCUGGUGGUGGUGCUUCUGCUUCUGUGGCAUCGAGUCAUCAUGAGAAUACUAAGCCAGGAACAAAUACCAUGAUUGCCGGUAUUGUGGUUCAAGUUUCUGCCAUGACUGUAUUCCUUGUAUUCUGGUUUGAAUUCUUGAAUAGAAUUUAUUUCAAGAAUGCCAAAGUUAGCAGUGAUUCAGAAAAAUCGAACAGGCCAUAUGCCAAAAGAUCUUUUGUCAACGCAUUUAGGUUAUUACUUAAUGUAAAGGCAGUAAGACAAUAUCGUCAUACCCAUCUUGAAAGUCACUACAACCAGAAGUUUGUCAGUAUCCGUGAACGUAAAUUAUUUGAUUGGAUGCCAUUGGCUAUGACAAUUGCAGUUAUUGUUAUUUACAUUCGUUGUGUAUAUAGAGUUGUGGAAUUGGCUCAGGGAUUCCAAGGGUUCUUGAUCAAUCAUGAAGUAUUCCUUAUGGUUUUAGACGCAUUAAUGAUUGCCAUUGCUGGGUUGAUUUUCAUACCAUUCCACCCAGUAUGGAUUUUUGGUAAACAAAAUAUCGUCAAAUUGGCCACAAUUAAGAAGAAUCAAGAUGAAGUGAAAGAAGAUAAUGAGAGCUUUAUUUCUAGUAAUCAACUUGAAGUUGUGGCUGAGCAAGGAUCUGACUCUCAGGAAGAAUCCCCCCGCUUAAAAUAG